UUGCAAAACAUCCAAAUUACAAAUUAAAAUGUAUUCCGUGAUAAGACAACUAAAAGUAGCGCAUUCCCAGCAUGAUAUCGAACAAAUGGUGUGGAGUAACCAAGUGGAUCUUGUUGUAGUCUCAAAUUCCAAAGGUGAAGUUGCCCUUCAUAGAUUACUAUGGUUAAAAGCCUGGGAUUUGCCACCACCAACAGAAAAAUGCAAAGUCACUGCCAUGGCAUGGAGACCUGAUGGCAAAGUUCUAGCAAUUGGCUACACUGGAGGUGAAUUAAUCCUCAUCAAUGUAGAAAACAAGAGUAUUCUGCAUACUCUGCAAGUAUCUGGUGAGAUAACUUGUGUCAACUGGGUCCAGGAGAAGAAAAUUGAGACUACAAACAUCAAAGCAACCAGUACAAGUGAAGAGGAGGCAAACAACUACACACAAUAUGUUGAUUACUCCAAACAUUUCAUCUCAAAACCUCUAUCUCUGAGCACAUUUGAAACCGGAAACUUCGUCGAAGAAGCAAAUAAUAAUCUACUACACAAACAAAAACUCUUAAACCUUCUCCUCAUUGGUACAGAUGAUGGAAUGUUAUACCUCUCUGUUUUUGGCUCCCUCAGCUGUGGAGCGAUUGAUUUCAAAGAGAAAAUCAACACGAAAUGCUCUGUAAUCGACGUACAACUCUCCGAAAGCCUCAACAUUGCAACUGUAACCCUGAAAGACAUCGAAGAUAACAUAAAACUAGUCUUCAUCGACACCGCCAUCUUUGAAUCCCACAUUAAAGAACUAUUCUGCGUGGCAAUGAAAAAAGUCGAGAUGCAAACACACGUCGGGUAUCUCUACAAAAGCAUAUCAAGCGUAAUGGAAACCUGGGAGAGUAUUCUACUCGAAAUGGACUGGAAGUUAACAAACUACGCGAAUAAAGUCCAACCAGGCACGUUAUCCGCGGUUUUAGAUUUAUUAAUGUUUGGAAUCUGCAGUGAUGAAAUGCAGGAGUUUUUAUUCAGCGAUAUGACAAAGAGAGGCUUGGAGAAGUUCGGGCAGAAUAUCGAGAUGAAUUAUGCGAAUAUCCAAAUUUUAUUGAAAAACAUAACCAAACUCGGACAGAACAUAACCUAUCACCUAAGUGAAUUAAGAGGAAUGUCACGCUUUGCAUCCAGGUAUAAAACCUUGGGUUUAGAAGAGUCGAAGAUAACGGAAGCAAUUUCUGCAAAUGGCGCGUUUUUAAUUAAGUCAGGUGAAAUGCAGCAGAUUAUCAAUAAUUCCAUGAUGUAUUACAAGGCGUUUUUCCGUUGGCUAUACUCUGCCAUUGUGAAUUUAAUGGAGGAGCAAGUCCCGAGUGAAAUACAGAAUAUGACACAACAAGAUCUCGCGUAUAUCGCUGAAUUUCUGCAGUGUUUCGAUCGAAUUACCGGGCAGAAUAAUUCUACAAUCGGUGGCGUUGAAAAUCCACGGUUUAUUAUGGAAAGAUUGGGUCAGUAUCUUGCAGAUAGGAAUUUGAAGAUUCUCACGGCAGGAGAUCAACACGAUUGGGAUAGUUUAUUGUUAAACAAUGAAUGUUUACAGAAACAUCCAAGUAUUAUCCGACAUUGUAAAGAAUUGUCGCUUGUGCAACAAAUUGCGCAUCUGCAGAAAGCCGUGGAUGAGAUUUUUAAGAAGCCAGAAGUUGAGGUUACGAAAAAUAUGAAUUCUAUUAAGAUUUUGUCUUGUAUCAAAGGAGUGGGGGUUGGUACUGUAGCUGGGAUAAGUUGUACGGGUACAGGAAGUGUGUUUAUGCACGCAUUUCCGAAUUUAGAAAGAAACGGUGUUUAUUUUAUUGAAUGUAAAGUAAACAACGUUGAGGAUAAUGAGGUUAUAGCCAAGGGGGCUUUGGUUUAUGUGAAACAAGAUGGCGAUGUGGAAAAUGGCCGGUAUAAUAUAACAGAUGUGAAGUUUUACAGUGAAAAUGUUCUGAGUUUAUUACUCGAAGAUAAGGCGCAACAAGCUGUGUUGAUGCAGUUGCCUAUUGUGAGUUUCAAAGAGAAAUUGGAGGAGAUUUCACUGGAUGAUGAAAUAUUUCAACAGAAUAUUGUAAAUGUUGAUGUUAGUGAUGCGUCUCCUUUGAAGAAUAUUGCGAUGACAGCUUGUAAGUUUGCUGUUUCGGGCUGUCGGAGUGUUUCGGUUGUUUUGGCGGAUAAUAAAAAGAAAGUUAUGUUGUUUGAGAUUGAAGGUGAGGAGGAAGAAGAGGAGGAUGCUGAUAUGACUACCAGUAGUGUCCGGGAGAGUGAUCAGGAUGCAAGCAUGCAAGAAAACAGUGAUGCAGAAUAAUAUUUCUAAAAUUUUUUCAAAAAUUCUUAGAAAAUUUCCAAAUAAUGAAAUAAAAUGCGUUUUUUGAAGGUG